AUUGGGAAUUUCGAUAGGAGGAGAUGACGAGUAAAGUCUGAAGAUGGGUUUUGGGGUUGAUAUACAUAGUUGCCGUCACCACCAUUUGGAUUGCUGCUAGUUAUGUGGUUCAAUCCGUGGUCGAUUCGGGAGUUUCGCCUUUCCUCAUCACAUAUAUAUGCAAUUCCUUGUUCAUCGUUUACAUUCCCAUCUUUGAAAUCAGGCGCCAUGUGGAGGAUAAAUGUGGGAGUUUAUGGUUCUGGUGGAAUAGGAAGCGUGGUGAUAGUAGCUCUUUGAAAGGAUCGGGGGAGUCAGAGAAGGCGAAUUUACUUGCAGGAGGUGAUUUGAGCGCGAAAGCUGAUGAUCCGGAUCCAUCCUCGUCUGCGGAGGAAGGCGAAAUUGGUCAUCAUGCGAAAGAUGAAUAUGUAGGAUCUGAGCAUGAGAGUGAAAGGGCUUUGCAUGAUCAAGGUGUAAUGAGUGAAGUUGUUGACAAGGAAGUGGACGCAAAGGGAUGUUGGACAAGGAUGAGAGUCGCGAAAGUUAGCCUUCUCAUUUGCCCAUUUUGGUUCUUUGCACAGCUCACUUUCAAUCUGUCCUUAAAGUACACUACUGUCACGUCAAACACUAUCUUGAGCAGUGCAUCAAGUCUAUUCACCUUUUUGGUCGCUCUUGCGUUCUUGGGAGAGAAAUUUACCUGGAUAAAGCUGAUCAGUGUUCUUCUUUGUAUGGGAGGAACAAUCAUUGUUAGUGUGGGUGACUCCCAAACAGAAUCUUUAGUAAGUGCAACUGCGACAAACCGUCUUCUUGGAGACAUCCUUGCUCUUGUCUCAGCUGCCCUGUAUGCUGUACACAUCACCUUGAUUAGGAAUAAACUACCUGAUGAUGAUGAGAAGCAAGAUCGAGGUCAAGUCAGCAUGGCGCAGUUCCUUGGAUACUUGGGGCUGUUUAACCUCUUGAUAUUCCUUCCUGUCACCCUUGUGCUUAAUUUUGCUAAGCUGGAGCCAUUUACUAACCUUAACUGGGAGCAAGUUGGUCUAAUUGUUAGUAAAGGUGAGUAGCAAAUUCCGUGAUUUGGUUCUUUUUCUUGAUUUUCCUUUUAGUCAUCUAAAAUGUGCUAUGCUUUUCUUGGGGAAAGAAAAACAGUGGUUAGGUCUAAGUUGGUUUACUUGAUUUGAUCAUAUUUUUAAGGAGCUUGUGGUUGUUUGUUGAAUUCCGUCUUUCACUUUUUCUUGAUAUGGCGUUUGCUUGUUUUUGAAGCCCAACACAGCUUUAGGCCCUUUAACGUUUGGUGACUCAAAGUUGCGAGGAAAAUGAAGGGAAAUAGAAUUGGAAGCAUGUUGAGGGGAAUCAAUACUUAGGUUGUUUGGAUGGGGUGGAAGGAAAAGGUAAUAGAAAAAUAUUUAAAUAGCGAACGGAAAUAUCCUUAAUAUGUUCACUUUGUGUCACGAGUCCCAUUCCCCUCACCCACUUCCGCCAAAAGAAAAAACUCUUUUGAGUAGGCCACCUUUUCUUUUCUUUGGCAGACUAUUGGAAUAGUCAUCAUCAUACCCACAUUCAGGUGUGUACACAAGUCAGACAUCAGACUGUGUACUCUCAUCAGCACUUGUAGUUGACUGCAGAUGACAUAUCGCAGAGUAGUCAUUGACAAGCAAUUGGUGGGUGGUUGCUAAACCUGUAGUUAUGCUGGCAUGCUUACUGCCAAUUAUGCAGGCUCUUCCAAGACACAGCAUUGUGCAUGUCUGGUGAAUAUAUGUACUUGAUCAGGCAUAUCUUUGGAAUGCAUGAUCACAACUUGCAUCUAAUCAGAUUUAGCUAAGUUUGUCAGAAGUGAGCUUUGAAAGUUCCCCCAGAGUUUCAAAGGUUGAUUUGAGCUAACAUGUCCCUAAGCACUUGAAAAGAAUUACUGUGCCUUUUGAUUAAGCAUGUGUAGGGAUAUUCUAUGCGUGUUUGUGGAUAGUCUCUUUUGCCUUGUGGAAGAGGAAUUUCUAGCUAUAAUAUACUUUAGUUAGUGAAAGC